UCCUAAUCUCUCCCGUAUCUGCCUCGCCUCUCGUUGGAUGAGUUGCUGCUGCUUUCUCUCACUUUCCGUCCCUCCAUCCUCUCUGGCUGUCUCACUUGCUGAAGGGAUUUAAUCUUGAGAACAGAGAGGUGCACCUCCAGAGCCAGGUCAGCACGAUUUCACUGAUUCAGCAUGUGGCCUUCCGAGAAGGUGAAGAGGAGGAGCUAGUCUAGACCACACAGAUCAUCCAGUCAUCAGAGAACAAGAGAUAGUCCACUGCAGGGGCUACAAGACACUGACUGUCUACAAUCAAGCAUAGGAGAUAGACAGAGACCGAGAGAGAGAGACUGUGUACAUCGUGCAGGAUAGACAACUCAGAGUAGGAGAAUAUCUUAACUAAACGGCUGUGGAGAGGAUUGUCUUAACGCAGGCCCUUACUGAAAUAUUUGGAGCCUAAAGUGCCAAAAGCACCUAAUAAACAUCCGCGCGUAUCAGAUCUAAGAGCAACAAGCUGGAGAGAGAGAGAAGAGGAGGAGGGAUUUAGAGGAUUAUGCAGAUCUAGCCCAGAACGGCUACUCUGUGUUACUGCACCGCAUCCCAGUGAGUUGCCACUGGCAAACAUGGCCGACCCCUACCAAAACAACGUGUAUCACCAGGGCGACGGCGAGGGCUACGGCUCGUACGGCGAAGGCGGUCAGGAUGGCUACGGUUACCAGGGUGACUACCCGUCCCAGGAGGAGGACGCGGCCAGCGAUGUGACGGAGGGUCACGACGAGGAGGACCAGAUGUACGAGGGCGAGUACCAGGGCAUCCCGCACCCGGAUGAGGUGAAAGCGCAGCGGCGGGCAGCUCGGGCCAAAGCACGGGCGGCGGCCGACGCCGUCUCGGAGCAGGAGGAGCUGGCCGAGCAGUACGAGGAAAUCAUGGAGGACUGCGCGCACGGACGCUUCCAGUGGACGCUCUUCGUGGUGCUGGGCCUGGCACUCAUGGCUGACGGUGUGGAGUGCUUCGUGGUCGGCUUCGUGCUUCCCAGCGCUGAGAAGGACAUGUGCCUGUCCAACGCGGAGAAAGGCAUGCUGGGUUUGAUAGUGUUUCUGGGUAUGAUGUUCGGUGCAUUCGUAUGGGGCGGUCUGGCUGAUAAGGUGGGACGGAGGAGGUGUCUGAUUGUUGCCCUUGCCAUCAACUGCAUCUUCGCCUUCCUGUCAUCCUUCGCUCAAGGAUACGGAUUCUUCCUCUUCUUCCGACUCGUCUCCGGCUUUGGGAUCGGGGGCUCAGUGCCGAUCGUGUACUCGUACUUCUCGGAGUUCCUGCAGAUGGACAAGCGUGGGGAGCACCUGAGCUGGCUCUGCAUGUUCUGGAUGGUGGGAGGCAUCUACGCCUCCUUUACCGCCUGGGGCAUCAUCCCUCGCUACGGCUGGGGCUUCAGCAUGGGCACAGAGUUCCAGUUCCACAGCUGGAGGGUGUUUGUGCUGGUGUGUGCCCUGCCUGCCAUCUCCUCCCUCAUCGGCCUCACCUUCAUGCCUGAGAGCCCACGCUUCCUGCUGGAGAGUGGCAAACAUGACGAGGCGUGGAUGAUCCUGAAACAGGUCCACGACACCAACUGGAGAGCCAAGGGUGAACCCGAGAGAGUAUUCACCGUGUCCCAUAUUAAGACCCCAAAGACCCAGGAAGAUGAGUUCAUCGAGAUCCAGAGUGCAACGGGAACAGCCUUCCAGAGAUGGAUCGUACGCACUUUAACACUGACCAAGCUGGUGCUGAAGAAUGUUAUAUCACUACUGGGUCGGGAGCUCCGACUCAGUACUCUACUGAUGGCCAUCAUCUGGUUCACCAUGGCCUUCAGUUAUUAUGGGCUAUCGGUGUGGUUCCCCGACAUGAUCAAGCACCUGCAGAACGAGGAGUACGAGUCCAAGCUGAAGGUGUUCCACCGGGAGAAGGUGGAGAACUUCCACUUCAACUUCUCACUAGAGAACCAGGUCCACAAGGAGGGGGAGUACAUACGAGACAAGUUCAUUCGCAUUGAAAUGAAGUCUGUGAAGUUUGAAGAUUCACUGUUUGAAGACUGCACUUUUGAAGACAUCCGAUCAACAGACACCAUAUUUGAAAACUGCACCAUCAGAAACACAUUAUUCUAUAACACAGACUUGUGGGAGGAGAAGUUCAUUGACUGCAGAAUGGAAAACUCGACCUUUGAACACAACAAGAGGGGCUGUCACCUGGACAGUGACGAUGAAAAUGAUGUCCUUAUCUACCUGGUCAGCUUCCUUGGGAGUCUGGCAGUGUUGCCAGGCAACAUCAUAUCUGCCCUGUUCAUGGAUAGGAUUGGAAGGAUCAAGCUGAUUGGUGGCUCAAUGCUUAUCGCCGCAGGCUGCACCUUCUUCCUCUUCCUGAGUUUCAGUCAGGCGGCCAUCAUCGCUUUUCAGUGCCUCUUCUGUGGGGUCAGUGUGGCCGCCUGGAACGGCAUCGAGGUCAUCACCGUGGAGCUCUACCCCGCCUCCAAAAGAGCCACAGCGUUCGGUGUCCUCAACGCUCUCUGCAAGCUUGCCGCCAUCCUGGGAAGCUCCAUCUUCGCCUCGUUCGUGGGCGUCACCAAGAUCGUCCCCAUCCUGCUGUCCUGUGUGGCGCUGGUGUGCGGUGGCUUGGUCGCCCUAAAGCUCCCGGAGACCAGGGAGAAGAUCCUGCUGUAGGGGAAGCCACUCUGGGACUGGGGACGGGGGGGCAUUGGGGGAGAGGCCUCGGCCUAGCAGAGACGCACACGGCCAUGCCACCGAGGGUUUUACUUUGUGUGUGUUUUUUUGUAAGCAAGAAUCCACCAUGCUUUACAAUCACCCGUCCAAGGCCAGCCCCAAAGCCCUGACCCCAUCCCUGACCCCAUCCCUGACCCCAUCCCUGACCCUGAUUGUUUUACUAACACCAGUCAGGCUGCACCAGAGCUUCUCUAAUCACCGCUCUAAUAAACAACUCUCACUGCUGAAUGACCUCUGCCUUUCACCCCCUCUUUUUUCCUACCUUCUGGGACCAACUGACCAUUGACAAACACCCCCCACCCCACCCACUCUCUCCCCACCAACCCCUGUCAUUCUCCUGCAUCUGGCCCCCUAGAACAGAUAUGGAAAAGUUAUAAUUUAAUGUUUCUCAGUUGUUAUACAAGACGACACCAUCGGAGAGGAAGUGUUCAUUUUGUUUUGUCCGAUGGACGCACAAGUGAGUAUGCAUUUGAAUGCCUCAGCUUGUCAUAAUUAGUAACCCAUCCACCGUGUACUCCAGAAUUUCUCUAGUGCCAUUGUGGUGUAUCAGAGAGAGAGAGAGAGAAGCGCUCAGACUGCAAGUGCUUGUUUGUUAUCUCCAGUCCUGCAGCUACUACACUGACUAUAUUCCUUACCCUCCUCAUGCUAAGAUCACCACAUCUUCCCUUGUUGCUUUCUCAUCCUCGUCCUGCUUUUAGUUCCUGAUGCGCUUUCUCCUCAUCUACUGCUAGAUGUUUGUUGUGUGUUAUCCCAUCUGGUUGCACUGUAUGACACAACCACGCUACUGGUCCCCCUGAAACCUGCAAUACUGUGUUGGUGUGCCUGUAUGUCCACUAGCGGAUGAAAGUGUGAAUCCACUCACCACUGAAGAGGAGUCAUGCGUAUUUCACAUGCACAGUACCUUUAAGCUUUAACCAGUGCUCCAUGUACAGUACACCUGUUUGCCCUCAGGAGGAAAUGAGCCCCCCCCCCCCCCAACAUUGCAUUACCGGUAUAUGUUUCAUAUUUAUGUUUCACUCUGUGAUAUAGGGUGACACAAAUGAGUGGGUGCAGUGUUUGUUUGUUUGUUUGUUUUUGGCUGUGGUCGCAAUGCCACUGAAGUCUACUGUCUCGGUUGUGACAGACCGUGGCGGGAUUGAGUGCGUCCUUGGCGCACAUCGCUGUCCGUGGCUGUGUGGCGUGAGUUGCAUGUGUGUUCCUUAUCAGGUGAUAUGUUUAUGUGUCUUCUUCUUUCUUCUUCUUCUUCUUCUUCUUCAGUGUCGUCCAGUUUCCAAACAGUCUGUCUGAAUGAUCUUUGAUGUGUGUCACUCUGUAAAUACAUGAGUCUGAUUGUUGUCUUAGGGAAAAAGAAUAACACAAUCUCUUUUGUUUAGACCUGAUGUUCAUAAGCUCUUCCUAUGUCAAAAGCUUUCGAGACAGUCUUCAGGAAAUAACUGUAUAUAAGUAUAUAUAUUCCACAGUUGACAUAAAAUCAUUCCAUUCCAUAGGCUUGGUUCACAUGAACAGCAUCAUUUCAGAGGCAUUUUCUUCCAUUUGUCUGGCAAAGCACCUGAAAUGAAUACAGGCAUUUGGCACAGCUUAUAUUAUCUAUCAACUCACAGUCAAACUCACAAGGAUAUACAAAGAGCUGUUCAAAUGAUUGCCAUUGAGAGUGAAACAUUUAUUUCGGAAAGGGAGUUAUUUGUCUGUCAUUAUUUAUCACCUUGUGUGUCAGUAAGACUAUUAUGGUUGACAUGCGGAUUCUUGACUCAACCAAAGUUAACAACACAAGAUCUUUAGGAAAGUGAAUCCUUUACUGUAAGACUGCUUUGCACUGAACAACAUUAUAUGCACUACAUUCUCAGCACUGUCACUAAAUGUACUUUUACCAGUUCACACAAGACAUCUCUAUAGACUCUUCCACAUGGAAAUGGCAGGGCAUCAUAUGUGCUUGUGUCUCUCUACGUAAGCCUUACUGACCUGCAGAGGCAGUGGAGUGGCAGGCAUUGUUAGGGCGCUUUCAUACCUGGCUCAUUAAAUCAGAACAUUUAGCAUUUCCCCCAAAGAUCGGUUCGAUUGGGUAUUUGUGAAAGCAGCAAUCGCUCUCUGUUUCGGACUGAGAACGCCUGGAGGAGGUGGUCUCGGCUCGUUUCCAAUCGAACUCCAGAGUGGUUUGAUUUUUGAUUUGGAACAAAAUAGGUAUGAAAGAACCCUUAGACACACAUCUGAUAAGACAAUUGUAUCAAGUGGGACAGCUUAUGAAUUCAGGCCUAAUGUUUCUUCCCUUCAAUUAGCUUGUGUCUGCAUUGUUGUGAGAAGAAAGACAUAAAUUAUUGUUUUUUAAAUGUAUAUCUAUAUGUGUGUAUAUUUUAAUUUACAGAAAACGUCUAAGUGUCAAUGGAAUGAAAAAUGUCUCUGUUUGUUUCCUUGUUCUGUUGGUUUUGUUUGUGACUGUUAAAUGAAUAAAUAAACAACUGAAUAAUAUGAAA